ACAGCCAGGCGCGACACACUUCCAACAAAAGUCAGUUACGUGCGACAUAGCGCCGUUUGAUUUCAACUCGUUUUAUUUUCCCAGUGAGCAGCCGUGAGUAUAGUACUAGUAGCAGUCGUAGUUUGCGGUGUCCAGAAUGAAUCUUUUAAGAUCGUUCGUCGUCGAGCGACUAACCGCAGCAGCCGAGGAGAUAUUAGGAGCUUUCGAGAGGACGCUACAGGAGCGAGAGAAAGAGAUUGAUCGACAGAGGAGACUGCUGGACAUCAUCCUGAAGCCCAGUGUGACCUUACACAGAACAGACUUUGUACAGUUAUCUGAUCAGCAGCAUUGUAAGCAGGAGAGAAACCCCAGUGUGGCCAAGGAGGAACAGCAGGAACUCUGGUUCAGUCCACAGGAAGACCAACUUCCAUUGCAGGAGGUAGCUGAUACCUCUGAGUCCAUAUUUAUCCCUCUUUGUGAUGGAAAUAAUGUUGAUCAAGAUCAGCCUCUGCCCCCGCAACUCUACCAAACCCAGACAGAGGGAGACACGGAGCCCCCAGCUGUCACCUCAUUUGAACUGAAACAACUAGAAGCCAAAGAAGACAACUUUUUAAUAUCAGAACCAACAAGUGACCACCAAACCCUCUCUAACUGCUGUCAUGUAACUAAGAGUGAAGCUGACCAUACUUGCAGUCACCAAAACUGUGAGGCGGGGGGUUCAACUCGGAGAACAAGGAUGAAAUCUUACAAAAAACCCUACAACAAGUGCAAAAUUUGUGGGAAAGUUCUUUAUAAUUUGGAAAUUUUUAAAAUUCACAUGACAUUUCACACAGGGGAAAAGCCUUUCAAAUGUACCACUUGUGGGAGAGAUUUUACCUGGAAGUAUGACAUGGAGAGGCAUACAAGGACUCAUGCAGGGGAGAAACCAUUCGGAUGCACCAUGUGUGGGACAAUGUUUACCCACAAGUCACUUUUACAAAGGCAUGUAAGGACUCAUACAGGGGAGAAGCCAUUCAGAUGCGCCACACGUGGGAAAAUGUUUACCCGGAAGUCACAUUUACAAGGGCAUGUAAGGACUCAUACAGAGGAGAAGCCAUUCAGAUGCGCCACAUGUGGGGAAAUGUUUACCCGGAAGUCACAUUUACAAGGGCAUGUAAGGACUCAUACAGGGGAGAAGCCAUUCAGAUGUGUCACAUGUGGGAAAAUGUUUACCCACAAGUCAAAUUUGAAAAAACACAUGAGGACUCAUACAGGGGAGAAGCAAUUCACAUGCGCCACUUGUGGGAAAAUGUUUACCCGGAAGUCAGAAUUACAAAUACACAUAAGGAUUCACACAGGGGAGAAGCCAUUCGGAUGCACCACGUGUGGGAAAUUGUUUUCCGACAAGUCCAAUUUACGAGCACACACGAAGAGGACUCAUACAGGUGAGAUGCCAUUCAGAUGUGUCACAUGUGGGAAAAUGUUUAUCAGCAAGUCACAUUUACAAACACACUUGAGGACUCAUACAGGGGAGAAGCCAUUCAGAUGUGUCACAUGUGGGAAAAUGUUUACCACCAAGUCAUAUUUACAAACACACAUGAGGAUUCAUACAGGGGAGAAGCCAUUCAAUUGCACCGCUUGUGGGAAAAGGUUUACCCUGAAGUCACAUUUACAAAGGCAUGUAAUGAUUCAUACAGGGGAGAAGCCAUUCAGAUGUGUCACAUGUGGGAAAAUGUUUACCCACAAGUCAUAUUUACAAACACACAUGAGGACUCAUACAGGGGAGAAGCCAUUCACAUGCACCACUUGUGGGAAAAUGUUUACCCUGAAGUCAGAAUUAAAAACACACAUAAGGAUUCAUACAGGGGAGAAGCCAUUCGGAUGCACCACGUGUGGGAAAUUGUUUUCCGACAAGUCAAACUUACGAGCACACACGAGGACGACUCAUACAGGUGAGAAGCCAUUCGGAUGCGCCACAUGUUGGAAAAUGUAUCCCCGCAAGUGUGAUUUACAAACGCACAUAAGGACUCAUACAGGGGAGAAGCCAUUCGGAUGCACCACGUGUGGGAAAUUGUUUUCCCAGAAGUCAGAUUUGAAAAAUCACAUGAGGAUUCAUACAGGGGAGAAGCCAUUCGCAUGCGCCACUUGUUGGAAAAUGUUUACCCGGAAGUCACAUUUACAAAGGCACAUAAAGACUCAUACAGUGGAGAAGCCAUUCAAAUGCACCACGUGUGGGAAAAUGUUUAUCCGGAAGGCAUAUUUACAAAAGCACAUAAGGACUCAUCCAGUGGAGAGCCAUUCAGGAGCUGUGAUUGUGGAAAUGGGUUCAGCUCAAAAUGGCAUCUCAAACAACAUGUCAUGAUCCAUACUGGUGAGAGGCCUCACAGGUCACUGCAAAAAAAGUAAACUGACUAUUCAUCUUAAUCAUUUCAUAUUGCAACAUAUGUCAGAGGAUUCAAUUGAGUCAUUAUAUGGUGCAACUGCACAAACAAUAUAUGAUGCCUUUAUGAUAAUUUUGUUAAUAUGGAGAAGUCACUUAGAUGAGUGAUGAAACAUUUCUUUCAGGAAAAGUUGUGCCCAGAUGAACUGAUUCGACUUUCUUUGAUCUUCUUACCUGGAUUAUUGAUCAUGCAUAAAGAUUUACUGGUCAUGGAUAAACAGCAUCACUAUGGUGUUACUACAUGUGGAACAGGAUACUGUGAAGUGCUAGUCACAGACCAAUUUACAGCUGAGGGCUUGAAACAUUCUGCAGUCUGGUACCAAAAAGAUGGAAAAUCCACAUGCCAUAUAGAUGCCGGUUGGCCACCAGGGCAUCAAUCACAGAUAUGUAAAGAUAUUGAUAACCCCACAGUAGCCACUCAGGCUGUUGAAAGCCCUCUAAUGUGUGUAAGAUGCUUUGAUACUGUAGAUAAAUGCAAUGGUGUGAUGUUCAAUAAUGAUGAUUACAACGUAUUGAUUGGAAUAAGGGAUAUAAGGAUAGAUUAAUCAUUGGGAAAUCAUAUGCAUAAGGAACAAGGCUUGCUACAAGGACAUGAGGAGCUAUAGGGGCAGUGGAAAAGUAUUGAGUAUGUCAGCAGACAGAGAAAUGCAGAGUAAGCUAUAGGAAGAGAAGUGGGGGGACAAUAACAGGAUAAGAUGUCCCAAGAGGAAGAUUGUGUCUAUCCCCAUAGAAGGUAAAAGAAUGAGAGGCACUAACCGUUAGAAGGAAGCGGCUACAAUAAUGUCUGAAUAGUAAGGGGAACAACAAGGGUGCUGUGGCCUUUGGGGGAGUAGAUACAGGAUGCUCUGUGGUUUCAGAAACAGGAUCUCACGACAGCAGCUGCAGAGGGAGAUCCCUUGGAGUCCGGAUAUCAUCGAGGCGGAAAUGGAGUCAGAUCAACGGACCAAUCACAAAGAAGACCACACAUUCAUGUUUAGUCAACACUUUGUAUAGUAUAAAAGACUGGGUCAGGGAAAGAAUAGUCGGUCAGACUUCGUGAACUGACACACUCUGUUGUUUGUCAGGGAUAGGAAGAUCUAGACCCAGAGCUCUAUAUGCUUUAUCCAUUUACUGCUAAAUAAAACGGAUGGUUUGA